CGUACACAACAAAGUCUCAGCGAAAAAAACUCUAGGAAGAAGGCUACUACCAAAAACAAUGUUAAAGGUUCGAUACACAGAGUGGCCUCCAUGGGCAAUGGAUGUUCCUGCUGGCAACAAAACGGAACUCGAUGGCGUGUUGAAAGAUGUUUUUGAAGCUUUGAGUCAUUCUUUGGAUAUUAAGUUUACAAUACAAUCUCAGGUGGAUCACCAGUUCGGAGCUCUUCAGCCUGACGGUAAUUAUAGUGGCAUGUUGGGAGCUGUACAUAGAAAGGAAGUUGAUAUUGGAGGACCGUUUGUAGCAUCCGAACAAAGAGCUGCUGUUGCUGACUUCACAAAUUGCUUAGAAUUCUCAAAACUUGGAAUGCUAACUGGCAUAAUGUCAACUGAAAGAAAUAUGUUUCUUUAUUUUAAGGUUUUUUCUUGGCAGGUAUGGCUACUUCUUUUUGUGACCAUCGUCAUAGGAGCACUUAUCUCAAUUUUAAUUUAUGACGUUUCUCUCAAUGGGUGGAAAGACAAUCAACUUCUUCUUUUAUCCAGAUAUCUUUGGGUGUUCUGGUGUUAUUUAAUUGGUCACGAUUGCGGUACAACUAAUCACUGGGCUCUUCGAAACAUCUGGUUUCGAAACUCUUUUAGAGUGCUCUUAGCAGCAUGGCUUCUAGGACCAGUUAUUAAUUCGCUAUAUACUUUCCAAGGAACUAUAACGUCUACUUUUGCUAUCACAAAACUAAGACCCGUUGUUUCGAGCCUAGAAGAAUUGGAUAGAAAAACAUGGGUAAUACCAGUGACGACAAAAGGUUCAGCCGUACAAAUUUGUUUCAUGACAAGUCAGGAGUAUGCUAAUCUGUGGAAGAGAAUGCAGAAUAAUUCAAUUAUAUUUUCCGCAAAGACGGUGGAUGAGACAUUGCUUAAAGUUGAAAAAGGCACUCAUGUACUGAUCGUUGAUUAUAUCUAUGCUUUGAAUAUUGCUUCUAAUUGGGUAAAAAGAACUGGCCGAUGCAAAGUGCAAGUAGAGGAAGUUUUGUUCUGCCAGAACUUCAUAGCCUUAGCGCUUAGAAAAGGAUUUAAUGAGAAAGAUAUGAAACGAAUUAACCUCAGGCUCACAUACAUCUUACAAGCGAAACUGACAGACCACUGGUUGAAUCGAGUGUAUACCAACUACACUCAUUGUUCCAAGCAACCAUCAGAAGGAACUAAACCGCUUAACAUAACUGACAUCCUAGGAGGUUUUGUCUUAUGGGGAAUAGGAAUAGCAAGUUCUAUUCUUCUCUUAUUCGCAGAAGUCAUGUCUUCAAGAAAAGAGAAAAAAGCUCAAAUCAAUAAAUAUUUAUCAUCAUCAAAUGCUAGCUCUGCUGUGAAGUCAUCGAGUACUGCCCAACUAACUGAGCUAAAAAAUGCUCCGCAAGUAGGGGAUGAUGAAAUAAUCGUCGAAAAUGAAUGAAAGAGUGAAAUUGACCAAAAUCAAUGAAAUUGAGAGGUAAACUGCUAAAUUUAGUCUAAAAAUUAAGUGGAGUAACAAAGCAGCUAGUUUUUUUGUUAAGAAAACUUAGCUUUAUAAAUGUAGCUUUUUUUGUGUAAAAUUAUUUCCAUUCAUAUGUAUAUUCUGCUUAUUCUCUGUAAUUUUAUAAGCUUGGAAAAAAAAUUUUCCUUCAUGCCAUAAAUAGAAGCAAGAAGAAAUUAUUACUCAUGAACAAAAAGAUUUCAAAGUUGAUUGCGAAAAACUGAAUGCGAUAUACACACAUAUUGCUUUUAA